AUGAAAGGAAAAACGAACUAUUCAUCCUUAACUAAAUUUUUCGCGGUUUCCUUUCUGGUGUGGGUAUGCCAGUAUUCUAAUGAGUCAUCUGCCAUCGGUAAAUCAAGGAUUGAGGAACAUGGCAAAACCAACACAUUAGUUGCAAGAGGUGGUAGGGUAUUAAGGGAAGGUGGAGAAGUAAUUGCCGAAGAGAGAAAUAUUUUCCUUAAAGAAAAAUUGGGAGGAGUCAUAGAAUAUGGACAAGAAGACACUGAUCAUAAUUCCAACUUUCCAAAAGGGUUUAAUAUGUUAAUACAGAAAGAAAACGUCCAAAAUGGAUUAAAUUCAUUGUUCAAGAAUGAAUACAAAAAAAGGCCAAAAAGCCCAUAUGAAUCUGAUUAUAAUGUUGUAGAUGUACACAACACAUCCAAAUUUAAUGACAACAAUAAGAACCUUAAAGAGGAUAUAAAUUUAAUAGAACUUGAAGAUUUUGAAAAAGUGCAAUUUUUCCAAAAAUUGAACAACAAACCUGCCGAAGAGACAAACCCAUUUACUGUUCCUAAUAAGUUCACAGAACCAAAUAGUCCCCCCAACACGUACAACGAGUCUGCAAAACAAGUAAAUACAUCUGCUCCUACUGACAAUGUCGAAGAGAUCCACAAUACUAUUAAUGUUAACACACAGCCUACGAAUAAACCAAGUUCAAUGGAUUCUACACUGGACUUCUCAAAACUACACAACUCUAUUAAUGUUAGCAGACCACCUGCAAAUAAACCAAGUUCAAUUGAUCCUACGCUGGACUUCUCAACACUACACAACUCUACUAAUGUUAGCAGACCACGUGCGAAUAAACCAAGUUCAAUUGAUCCUACGCUGGACUUCGCAAAAAUACACAAUGCAUUAAGUUCUACCAUGCCAAAGCCAAAAACGUCACAUGUAUACAGAGAUAAUUAUUAUUUUGGAAAUGGAUAUAGUACAUUAAAAGAUGACUUUUACUAUGAUCAACUAUUCAAUAGUCCAUAUAAAACGGACAACUAUGAAUCUACAGAAUUACCUCACACCUCAUACAGUUUAUAUGAUGAUUCAAUAAGAUAUGGGCAUUAUAAAAAUUAUUUCAAUGAUUUUAAUAAAAAUGGAACAUAUAAUUUACCCUUUGAUAACAUGUAUAACCAUUCAGUAAAAGAAAACUAUUUUGAUUCAGGAAAUAGAGGUCGAGCACAUGUAGAUAAUAAACCAAGAAAUGAUUCAGGAAAACCAUCAUUUGAUUUUUCAGAAUAUUUUCCCAAAGAAAGUUAUGAAAAAUAUCCCAAUGAUAUGAAAAAAAAUCCUUAUCCUGAGAGUAGAUUAAGUACAUUGACGUAUGUCCAAAAUAUAGAAAAAUUGCUUAAUAAAUUAAAAUAUUUUAAUAAUGUUGAAGCAGCAGUUGACGAAUUAAAAAAUGAUCCUAGCUAUAAAAAAAUACUCGAUGAAUUGAAAAACGGUAACGGAUUUGAAAAACUACUUUAUAUAUUGAAAUAUUCCGGCGAUUCUGAAAGAAUACUGUCUGAAUUCAAAGACAAUGACAACAUUGAAAAACUAAUUUAUGUAUUGAACUAUUACGACAAGAAUUCUGAACCCCCAAAAAAAGAAGAAUUAAAAAAAGAAGAAUUAAAAAAAGAAGAAUUAAAAAAAGAAGAAUUAAAAAAAGAAGAAUCAAAAAAAGAACAAUUCAAAAAAGAAGAAUUAAAAAAAGUAGCAUCAAAAAAAGAUCACAAAAAAAAAAGUAAAUUGUCGUUUCUUAAGAUCAAAAAGAAAAACAUAAUAGUGUGCAUAACGAAAUUAUUCUACAUGUUUGAUAAAAUGUAUGAAGAUCAGUUGUUAGAUCUAUUUAGUUCCGAGUCAGAUGAUGAUUCUACAGGUAAUAAAAAAAGUAUUCGUAUGCUGAAAUACGUGAAGAUUCUAAUACCAAUGGCUAUUGCCGCAGGAUUGAUAACUGUUUUGGGUGUAUUGAAACACGUUACCUACGUUAUUAUAUCAGUCAUAAUAGUUGCUGCAGCAAUAGGAUAUACCCUCUUUAAAUUGAAGAAAUGUCAUCAUAAGAAAAAAGUUGAAAGAAUAAAUAAAGAAAAUGCACAAAAGGCAUCAAAACCAACAAUAAUAAAAGUCGCUGCUUCCUAA